AUGGCCCCCAGAAAGCCAUCCUGGCUAGAGGUUGUCGCGGCAAAAACUAAAGCGGACAACGCGAAAAUUCCCUACGAUUGGAGACCUGGUGCGGAUAUUACCCUCGAAGCUAAAUCUCGACGAACUAUCGCUGGAGACUUCAUAGAGUUGCUAUUAGACGACGAGACCAAAAAGAUCACCGCCAUGGAUGCUCCCCAAUUGGUCGAGAACAUGAGCAAUGGCUCUUUGAAGGCGGUGCAGGUCGUAUUGGCCUUCUCGAAACGUGCUGCGUUUGCACACCAGAUGAGCAACUUGCUAUUGGAGAUUGGCUUCGACGUUGCCCUGAAACGGGCGCAAGAGCUCGAUGACUACUUCAUGCGGCACAACAAAGUUGUCGGGCCCCUACAUGGGCUGCCCGUCACAUUGAAGGACCAAUUUCACAUCAAAGAAUUGGAGCCCUGCAUGGCAUUUGUUGGCUGGAUUGGCACCUUUGAAGCAUUUGGGCUGCUGAAACAAAUAACAACAUUCUCGGUUAUGCCUGGAACCCGCACAAUCAACUUCUAUCCACAGGGGGAUCCUCUGGAGGAUGUUGCCAACACUAGAAGUGGCCAGCAAGUUAUGCCAACCGUGGCCGACAUCAUGUGGCACUCCGUUUCGACUCUCGAAAUCGUAUUCAAGUCCCUCAUCUCCCUUGAACCAUGGCAGAGCGAUCCAUAUUGUUUGCCUAUCCCUUGGAGAUCUGAAAGAGAGUUUAACCUCGUCAAAAAGUCCUAUAAACCGUCAUUUGGAUUCAUGCCUAAUGACGGUCUUGUAACGCCUCAUCCCCCAGUAGCCCGCGCCUUGUCCAUUGUACAAAAGGCUCUUGAAAACCAAGGUUAUCAGCUUGUGGAAUGGGCGCCACCUUCGAAUAACGAAUCGAUUGAGAUACACGUAGGUUGCAUUAUGAACAUGGAAUCAAACAGGAAUAUUGACCAGUUCUUUCGGCAGUGUCCUAUUGCAAGAGGCGAUGGCUGCCCCGACGCUUAUGAAGCUAUUCGUUUGUCAGGGGAGCCAAUCGUACCUGAAGUUGCGCAUUUGUUCCCCCAUGGCAAACCUAAACCGCCAAUUACGCUCCAAGAAUACGAGAAAGUCGUCAUGCAUAGGACAGACUUUCGCGCCAAAGGCAGGACUACUGGCUCUCGUCGGCGAAGAGGACUCACGCUGGUGUACAUCACCGACCGCUUCUGGAUGACUGCCGCUGAUGUAUCCGACAGGCAAACCAGUAGAAGCUGUCAUUUCUCCCGUGAGCCCGUAUGCUGCCGUGCUGCCGGGAAAAUUCUAUCACUCUCGUAUGUUGAAGCAGUUCGCUUAUUAUUUGCGUACACAAGCGUUAUAAAUGCUCUUGAUUAUACUUUAAUUGUGAUUCCGAUCACUUUUGCCGACGCGAAAAUUGAUACGUUUUCCUCGAAUUUCCAGCCAUUAACCGACAAGGACCUGUUGAAUAUGCAGUCAUAUGAUCCAGAAUCAUACCAUGGUGUGCCUGCGUCAAUUCAAUUAAUUGGGAGGAGGCUCGACGAGGAGAGACUGCUGGCAAUGGCUAAGCUUGUGGUAAAAGCUCUGGACGAAUAUAAUCAGAAGCACGAUAAGGCAGUAUAA